ACGCUGACAGCAGUUGCACUUUACACCGUCGCCUCCGCGGUCCGACUGAGAAACGAUGUCCUCCGAGCCGAAGCGGCAGCAGCAGCGGCGCCCUCCGCAGCCCGGGCCCCGGGCGGCCUCCUCCUCCCCCCGCCCCGCCGGGCAGCCAUGAGCAUGCCGCCGCUCCGGCCUCCCCGACCCAGCCGCUCCGACACCCGCUCACCGCCAGCAAGAUGUAUUUCAACCGGAGAGCCAAGAAGAUACACAGCGAGGGAGAGCAGUUAGUGUUGUCCACCAUUAGGCAGGAGUCUUCUGAGCAGCAGGACCCAGACCAGGCGGGCGCCGGCGCCACCAUGCGCGCCCGCCUCACAGACAGGUUUGACAAAACCUCGCCUCUCUCCCAUCAAUCCAACGGUGCAGGACCCGCUUGCUCGUCCGCCGGUUACCGCAAGGCAGAUGAUGAGAUGUCCGGGACCACGUCCCAGGCGGAUCCGGUAGACGCCACUGCGCGGACGGUGUUCCUCAACCGGCCCCAGAAUACCAAGUUCUGCGACAACCACGUCAGCACCACCAAGUAUGGGGUUCUCACGUUUCUGCCCCGGUUCCUGUACGAGCAGAUCAGACGGGCUGCCAACGCCUUCUUCCUCUUCAUUGCGCUCAUGCAGCAAAUCCCUGACGUAUCGCCUACCGGUCGUUACACCACCCUGGUCCCUCUCAUCUUCAUCCUCACCGUGGCCGGGAUCAAGGAGAUCAUAGAGGACUAUAAAAGGCAUAAAGCAGACAACACCGUCAACAAGAAGAAGACAACAGUGCUGCGGAGCGGAGCUUGGCAGACGAUUAUCUGGAAACAGGUGGCAGUAGGCGACAUAGUGAAGGUGACCAAUGGCCAGCAUCUUCCAGCAGACAUGGUUAUAGUUUCCUCCAGCGAACCACAGGCCAUGUGUUACACUGAGACCUCCAACCUGGACGGAGAAACUAACCUGAAGAUCAGACAGGGUCUCUCGCUCACGGCCGGCUUGCAGACUCUGGAGGAUUUGAUGGCGAUGACCGGCCGUCUGGAGUGCGAAGGUCCAAACAGACACCUGUAUGACUUCACUGGGACGCUACGGCUAGAGAACCAAAACCCAGCUCCUCUGGGACCUGACCAGGUGUUGCUGCGUGGCGCCCAGCUCAGGAACACACAGUGGGUCGUGGGGAUUGUCGUCUACACUGGACACGACUCCAAACUGAUGCAGAACUCCACCAAGGCGCCGCUGAAGCGCUCCAACGUUGAGCGGGUGACCAACAUGCAGAUCCUGGUGCUGUUCGGCAUCCUGCUGGUCAUGGCUUUAGUCAGCUCCGUGGGCGCCGCCAUCUGGAACAGGGAACACACGGAGGACGCCUGCUGGUACCUGUCCCGCGCUGGUGACAUUUCAACGAACUUUGCCUACAACCUGCUGACGUUCAUCAUCCUGUACAACAACCUGAUCCCCAUCAGCCUGCUGGUCACUCUGGAGGUGGUGAAGUUCACACAGGCGCUCUUCAUCAACUGGGAUGUGGAGAUGUACUACUCAGAAACGGACACGCCAGCCAUGGCUCGAACGUCAAACCUUAAUGAAGAACUGGGCCAGGUGAAGUAUCUGUUUUCCGAUAAGACCGGAACUCUGACCUGUAACGUCAUGCACUUCAAGAAGUGUACCAUUGCCGGAAUUACAUAUGGCCACUUUCCUGAUCUUGACUGUGAUCGCUCAAUGGAGGACUUCAGCAAUCUGCCGUCCAACAGCAAUAACUCCACGGAGUUUGAUGAUCCAACUCUUAUUCAAAACAUCGAGAAGAACCAUCCGACAUCGCCUCAGAUCUGUCAGUUCCUCACAAUGAUGGCGGUGUGUCACACGGUGGUCCCCGAGCGGGAGGACGACCAGAUCAUCUACCAGGCCUCGUCUCCAGACGAAGGGGCGCUGGUCAAAGGAGCCAAAGGACUGGGAUUCGUCUUCACCGCCCGCACCCCUCAUUCAGUCAUCAUCGAAGCCAGAGGAAAGGAGAUGAGUUACGAGCUUCUCAAUGUGCUGGAGUUUUCCAGUAAUCGCAAACGCAUGUCUGUGGUAGUGAGGACGCCCGACGGGAAGCUGCGCCUGUACUGCAAAGGAGCUGACAAUGUUAUUUUUGAACGCCUGACUGAGUCGUCUCAGUACAAAGACCUGACUGUUGCUCACCUGGAACAAUUUGCUACUGAAGGUCUGAGGACGCUCUGUUUUGCGUACGUGGACCUCGAGGAAGGUGCGUAUCAGGAGUGGCUAAAGGAAUACAAUCAAGUCAGCACCGUACUCAAAGACCGCGCUCAGAAACUGGAGGAGUGUUACGAGCUGCUGGAAAAGAAUCUAAUGCUGCUGGGUGCCACGGCCAUAGAGGACCGCCUCCAGGCCGGCGUGCCAGAGACCAUCGCCACUCUGAUGAGGGCCGACAUCAAGAUCUGGGUGCUCACUGGAGACAAGCAGGAGACUGCCAUCAACAUAGGUUACUCCUGCCGCCUGGUGACGCACGGCAUGUCCCUCAUCAUCGUCAACGAGGACUCCCUGGAUGCGACCCGCGCCACGCUCACAGCUCACUGCUCCUCGCUGGGCGACUCUCUGAGGAAAGAGAACGAGCUGGCCCUGAUCAUCGAUGGCCAGACGCUGAAGUACGCCCUGUCCUUCGAGCUGCGCCAGGCCUUCCUGGACCUGGCGCUGUCCUGCAAAGCCGUCAUCUGCUGCAGGGUGUCUCCGCUGCAGAAGUCGGAGAUUGUGGACAUGGUGAAGAAGCACGUGAAGGCCAUCACGCUGGCGAUCGGGGACGGCGCGAACGACGUGGGCAUGAUCCAGACGGCUCACGUCGGAGUGGGGAUCAGCGGCAACGAGGGCAUGCAGGCCACCAACUCCUCGGACUACUCCAUAGCGCAAUUCUCCUACUUGGAGAAGCUUCUGCUGGUUCACGGGGCGUGGAGCUACAACCGCGUCACAAAGUGCAUCCUCUACUGUUUCUAUAAGAAUGUGGUCCUCUACAUAAUCGAGCUCUGGUUCGCCUUUGUGAACGGAUUCUCCGGCCAGAUCCUCUUUGAGCGCUGGUGUAUAGGCCUCUAUAAUGUGAUAUUCACUGCACUGCCUCCCUUCACUCUGGGCAUCUUCGACCGGCCGUGCAGCCAGCAGAACAUGCUCCGCUUCCCGCAGCUCUACCGAAUCACCCAGAACGCGGAGGGCUUCAACACCAAGGUGUUCUGGGGACACUGCAUCAAUGCACUGAUUCACUCAAUUAUCCUCUUUUGGUUUCCGCUCAAAAUUUUAGAGCACGAUUCUCCCUUCAUGAACGGUCAGGGAAAUGACUACUUGUUUGUAGGAAACAUGGUCUACACAUACGUGGUAGUUACAGUUUGUCUAAAGGCUGGAAUGGAGACCACCGCUUGGACCAGGUUUUCCCACCUGGCUGUAUGGGGGAGCAUGGCGCUCUGGAUGGUCUUCUUCGCCGUCUACUCUGUGAUCUGGCCCUCCAUCCCCAUCGCCCCCGACAUGCGGGGCCAGGCUGGCAAAGUGAUGCAGUGCUGGCACUUCUGGUUGGGCCUGGUCCUGGUGCCUACUGCGUGUUUACUCAAAGACUUCGCCUGGACAGCCACUCGCCGCACUGUGAGGAAGUCUCUGCUGGAGGAGGUGCAGGAGCUGGAGGCGCGGGCCGUCGACCCGGGGGCGGCUGUACUGCGGGACGCCAGCGGUCGCAGUCUAAACGAACGAGCCCAUCUGUUGACAAGAGUCUUUAGGAAAACACCUUCCAGUGUGGGACGCUCGAACUCGGUGCAGCAGACUGUGUCUCACGGCUACGCCUUCUCUCAGGAAGAGCACGGUGUGGUGUCCCAGUCCCAGGUGGUGCGCUCCUACGACACCACCCGCCAGCGCCCCAGCCUCUAGCCCCACGCCCGGCCGCGGCGCCGGCUCACCGUAGCAAAGGUCGUCCAGGCGGCAGCAGAGACGGACUGAAAGUGGCAGCGCUCAAACGCCGGGCGACCCACCCCUGCUGCUGUGGCCUUACCGGAACUGUGACCUGACCCCUCUCUCCAGACGGGGUGGGAGGGGGUCACGCUCAGGCGUGGAGGCCGCCGCUUGACGCAUGAGAGGACUGACUUGGGAGAAGGGACCAGGCCGAAUAUUACGGAAUAAGACAAUGUUCAAUUCUCAAAACGCUGCACAGGCAUGAGGCGAUGGCAUUCAUGCACAGACCUGGCUCAGAGACUGCUCCUCCCACCUGUAUACCCCCCCUUCCUCCCCCCAGGACUGGGUCUGCUUCAUGCCACUGUGUGUCAACGUGAGCGUGCGUGCGGUCCAGUGCAUUUGUAUCUGCCUGUGCAUGUAUGUCUGCACGCAUUGGCGCUCCCUGUUUUUGUGUGCAUGUGUGUGUCUGUCCACGUGUGUGUCGGCCUCCCCCCCUCGCGAGGAGAGGGGGUUCAGCUCAUCUGUCAUCACAUGCCAACGCGGAAGGGGAUGUCAAAAUAAACGCACAAACGCUCGCAUACAUACAGGCACAGAUGAAUUCCUUUAAAAAAAAAAAAAAAAAAAAGGGAAGGAGGGGUGAGCAUAGACUUGCUCCAUCGCAGCAUCGAGCCUCACUGCCAAACGCCACAGAAAUGCCACUGAGGCAGAACGCUCGCCGGACCACCGCCCCUCCGCCGCCCCUCCUACAUUAUCAAACACCCCCUCUGGCUUGUCUCUCCCUCGCCUUCAUCCGCCGUAUCUCCGCAUCUCGCCGUCGCCCUGCAGCCUCCACGUCUCUCCUCUCCUGCAGCCCAUCUCCGUUUUUAACAAAUCCACUUUUUUUUUUUUUUUUUUCCUUCCUGUUUUUAAUUCUGACCGCUCCUGUGAUUCCUGAUGCUGCCUGGCACGCACCGUCAGCUGAUGUAGAAGCAGCAUGCCUGGCAUCGGCGCUUCCUCCUCCUCCUUCGGUUGUGUUGAAUUCUCACUCUUUACUGGACUGUUUCUUUUUUUAUUAUUCUUAUUAUUAAAGUGAACAUUGUGUAUGUGUUUAUAAUUUUAUUCUUUGACAUUAAUGCCUGUUUUUUGUACUCAUGUCUUAGAGGGAAUAUUUUACUUGAACUAGUCCUAAUAGGCAUCCAAACACACGGGGUUUGAUUGAGACGCUCGCGUGGCUCGUGUUUUCCGGCUCUGGCAUUCGUCUGAAAGUGGAGUUCAUUGUGUGUGUGCUCUGUGUCGAGGACAAUCCAGUUCAGGAAUGUAAAGACUGAGGGGUGGGGUGGAUUGUCCAGCUGAGUCCUAAUCAUUAAAUCUAAUCAAUCCAUGGCCUG